AUGGAUACAGAUGUGCCGGAGGGUCGCAUUUUGUGCCAAAUGGACAGCUUGGAAUAUAGUAUGUCAAGUCUGGUAACUGACUGCUGUCUGGAUGUUGAAAGUACAAUACAUAGAUGUCAAGUGGCAGCCCUAAUUAAAACAGUAUCCUCCAUCAAACUAAUUACCUCCCUUUACGCCACAAACUCGAAAUAUUUUGAAAAUUCAGCAUCUUUCCUCAGCAAGUCAUGCUCCCCAAUCGACAAAUGCACAAGAACGUCAAAGACCUUCGCUGUUCCCUGCGAGAAAUUUGGCAAGAUCAUCAGGCAAGCGCCCGCCAUGGCCGAAUGCAUCCGGAACGCAACGGGAACCGAGGCAGGCCCAAGAUCGUACUUCUCUGCGCUCCCCGAGUACCAAGUGUUCAUGAAAUGUCCAUAUCUGCGAAGUCUGCGUAGGGGACUAGUGUCUCCGUCGGAGAGAGGGAUGCAAUGA